UCUUUGACAGGCAAUAGUGAAAUGUGAUGAUGUUGCAGUGAUCCUUCAGAAAACAGGGAAGUGAGAUCAGUCUGUCUCUAAAUCACUGAACGUCACACAGAGAAGGUGGUCAUAAUGGGGGAGUGGUCCUUCCUCUCAGACAUGCUGGACAAGGUACAGUCCCACUCCACGGUGUUCGGAAAGGUGUGGAUGAGUGUACUGUUCCUCUUCCGGAUCUUCAUCCUGGCUGCUGGAGUGGACAGAAUCUGGGGAGAUGAACAAGCAAACAUGGACUGCAACACCAGAAGCACCGGAUGCAGGAACUCCUGCUACAACCGAUCCUUUCCUCUUUCCCACACCCGCUUCUGGGUGCUGCAGAUCCUCACCGUCUCCACCCCGACCCUGGUGUACCUGGGCCACGUCCUGCUGGUCAUUCGAAAAGAAAACAAAGCCAGGAGACGUCCAAAGCAUAGAAACACGAUGAAGAGAAGUGCUUUAGAUGGACGAGGCAAAGUCCAACUGAGGGGAGUCUUAUUGGCCAGCUACAUCAUGCAGCUGGUGUUCAAGAUGCUGCUUGAAGUGUCAUUCAUUGUGGGCCAGUACUUCCUCUACGGCUUCCUGUUCAUCCCUGCAAAGAUCUUAUGUGAGGACUACCCCUGCCCAACCCCUGUACAAUGCUUCAUCAGCCGACACACAGAGAAAACUGUUUUUGUAGUCUUCAUGCUGGCAUUGGCCGUUUUCUCUGUCCUUCUAAACAUCGUGGAGUUGUUGUACCUGAUGGUGUCCAAGCUGAAGGACAGGGGGGGGCAGCAGCAGGGCUUCUCUUCCACCCACUCAUUAAAUAUACUCUGAAAACUCAAAGCAUCUUCCAUGCUGCUCCAUGAGAUGUGGAGGACUCAGACUGGGUCAGAACCAGGGCAUCUGCCCUCCCUUUGCUCUGGGUGUGAACUGGGAGCUCAGGGACAUGAAUCUGAUCACUGGGAAAACAUGGAUUAAUCUCACCAAUAAACAUCAUGGAUAUUAACCUU